UACGAUUACGAAACGCACUUCACUGUGGUUCUCUGUUUUGACUCCAUGUAUGUGUGGCUGCGUAUGUCGCCUUCUUUCCGUCUCUAGUAUACUUCAUUUUCCACCACUGCGCACCUCCAGCGCUGGCAGCAGAAUGGCAGCGGCGGCUCCUAACCCGGAGGACUCCGCCAGGAGCAGCGGCAGCAGCGGCACCAGCACACCCAGCGCCCUUGCGGGAGACGGGGACGCGGAAGAGACCGAGGACUUCACCUCCUCCUCCCACUGCUCGGAGCUGUCUCGGCGGCAGAACGAGCAGAGGAAGCAGGGCUUGUUCUGCGACGUGACGCUGGCCUUCAGCAGCGGUGUGGCUACCGGCAGCGUCCAGAGCUGUGAGUUUUCAGCCCACAGGUCUGUCCUGGCUGCGGCUACCGAUUAUUUUACCCCCUUGCUAGGAGGACAGUUUUCCGAAUCCUUGUCUGGAAGGGUAGAAAUGAAGGAAUGGAGCUCAGAACUUGGACCAGACCCGGAUACCGUGGAGAGCGUUAUCCAGUACAUGUACACUGGAGAAAUACGCGUUAGCACCUGCAAUGUACAUGAAGUGCUGGAGCUUGCUGACAGAUUUCUCCUGGUGCAGCUGAAGGAGUUUUGUGGCGAGUUCCUAAAGAAGAAGCUGAGUCUGACCAACUGUGUGGCGGUGCACAGUCUCGCCCACAUGUACACACUGGAUCAGCUGGCUCUACGCGCCGCAGACAUGAUCCGGCGCAACUUCCACAAGGUCAUCCAGGACGAGGAGUUCUACACCCUGCCCUUCCACCUGGUCCGUGACUGGCUGUCGGAUGCAGAGAUCACGGUGGAUUCUGAGGAGGUGCUUUUUGAGGCCGUGGUGAAGUGGGUCCAGAAAAACCCGGAGGAGCGAGGCCGCUACUUCGAGGAGCUGUUCCGCCUUCUGAGGCUGCCGCAAAUCAAGCCCACCUACCUGACCAGGGUGGUGAAAAAUGAGCGCCUGGUGGCCGCCAACGAGGCCUGUCUCCGGCUGGUGUCAGAGGCGGUGGAGGGCCACGCCAUUCGCUUUGAGAACCUUAAAUCAGCCGAUAUGGAGUUCUGGUCUUCCCACAUGGCCUCCUUUCAGCCUCGCUUCGGCCAAAACAUGGACGUUAUCAUGGUGGUCGGCGGUGUGUCGGAGGGAGGGGACUACCUGAGCGAGUGCGUUGGCUACUUUAUAUAUGAGGACCGAUGGGUCAACCUGCCUCACAUCCAUAACCACCUGGAUGGCCAUGCUAUCGCUGCCACGGAGUCCCACGUCUACGUAGCCGGUUCAAUGGAACCAGGCUUUGCUAAGACAGUUGAACGCUACAAUCCUAACCGCAACACCUGGGAGCAGGUGAGCAACCUGACCACACGCAAGCACUCCUUUGGCCUCACCUGCAUUAAGGAUAUACUGUACAGCAUUGGUGGCCACGGGAACUUCAGUCCAGGUUUCAAAGAUGUCAGUGUUUAUGAGCCUGAGCAGGACAAGUGGCAUAAUCUGGAAUCUGCCCCAAAAAUUCUGCGGGACGUGAAGGCAGUGAGUGUGGAGGACCGUUACGUGUAUGUCACAGCACGCACACCUGUCGAUACAGAUAAUGAGGAUGGACUGAAGACAGUGACCACACGCUAUGACACAGAGAGCCGUCAAUGGCAAGAUGUUGACUCCCUGCCUCUUAUUGACAACUAUUGCAUCUUUCAGAUGGCUGUGGCCUCCACUAACUUCUACCACACGGCCUCCUGCUGCCCAAAGAGCUACACAGUGAGGGAUGAGGUGGCCAAACAGAAGAUCAGCCUGCGCAUCUCCGACGAGAUCCUGGAGAGUCUGCCACCGGAGGUAACGAGCAUUGAGGGCGCUGCCAUCUGCCACUUUGACGAGGAUGUCUUUAUUAUCGGCGGCUGGAAGAACAGUGACGAUGUAGACAAGCAGUACCGGAAAGAGGCCUACCGCUACUGCGCUGAGAGGAAGCGCUGGAUGCUGCUGCCGCCCAUGCCUCAGCCACGCUGCCGAGCCACGGCAUGCCAUGUCCGUAUCCCCUACCGUUUCCUGUACGGCUGCCAGCGCUAUCCCAUGCCCCAGAAUCUGGCCCGCCAGCGAGACCGCAUGCAGCAAAUGCAGCAGCUUCACCGGCGCACGCUCACCUUGCGCCGGCAGCUCCAGUCGCAGAUAGAGUGCUGAGCAAGUCAGGGUCUACUCUGUGAACAAUGCUAAUCAGUCUGAGGACAUUCCAUUGCUGCCACAUUCAUCAACCCCUCCUCUCCUACACGACAUGCUGCAGCAGGUCUUGUGCGGCCCUCAUUGUGGAUUUCAUCAAACUGAAUUCUUUGCCAUUGGCUCUCAUGCAUGUUAAUGGCCGAUUUGUUGAAACCCAUGAAAUGUGGUGGCGGGUCCAGCCUGUUCGGAGGGAUAUGGUGAAUGUAAACAUGGGAAUAAGAGUGUUAUAGCAGCCACCAACAAAAUAUCCUUUUGUCAACUAUGUUGUGUAGAUUCUGUUUAUCUGUUUGUAAAUAAAUAGUAUAAAGCUGUAUAUUUAAACAUUUAUAUGGAUAUUUUACAUUCCUUACUUUUGCCUGUCCUGCAGAGGCAAUGUGACAUUACUAAUAGCUGCAUUCCUACAUUCUUCCCAGCUCGCUUAAAGAAGUCUUAUUCCAUUGUAACACUGUGACAAUCUCUUCAUCCAAGUAAAUCAUCUGUACAAAAGUCUAACACACUCACAAAGAACUCAAUAUUAUACAUGAUAUAUUAAAAUGGCUGUAUGUGUGCAGCCUCAACUCAAGUAAAUAGUUCAUCCAAUAAAGCUGUUAAUCUUAAAACCCUGUAGGCAAGUGUGCUUUUAGAUCGCAGUUUCCUUUCAGUGGUUGUACUUAAUAUUCGGUUUGUGUUAACAGUUUAAAAAAGUAGUAUAAUUUCUCCAGGAUGUUGAAGAGGUGAAACAAUGAGAUAACUGAUGUAGAAAAGAUGUGAUACGAUGUUAUAAAAUCAUUCCUUUGUGUUAUCUGAACGUUGAAACAUUCUAUUUAACCAGUUCAUUAAGCCCCAAUCAUAAGCAAUGACUCAAUCAUUCCUUUCUUUUGCACUUUAGCCGUCUAUUGCUCAGUGUAUUCCUGUUCAAGCGAGAAAAAUGAUAGAAAAAGUGAGUGCAGGGGCGUGUAUGAUUGGCGUUCAGUAGAGCUUCUCCAUAUCUGCACUUUUUGACACCCAAUUGUUUGUAAAACAUAGGGAUUUAAUUUGCCACUGCACUUUUAAUAUUGGACAAGGUGAUUGUAUUUUGGAAAUGUUUUGUUUUAGCCAGCUGACAGCGAGAUAAAAGAUGUUAUCAUAUUUGAUUUAUUUCCUUAAUUAAAUGUCUAGUAAAAUCUUGGGCUACUAUUGCACUUCCCUUCAGUCUGGGUGUAUAUUACAAAUCGUCUUUGUUGUUCUGUGAUCUCCUUUUACCAUUCAACAAGACUUGGACUUACAUGCAAAGGAUUGUCAUAUGAAUGUGUUGUGACUGACAUACAGAUAUUCCCACUGUCCUUGCAGCGUCUUUCACAGAUUAAAGGUUACAGAGCGCCGAAAUGAUAUUCAUUUCCACUUUAUGACCAAUAUCAUAAACACUGCAAAUAUUAGGUGGAAUAAGCUAUGUAAAUUGCUUUGCAUGUGAUAGUCUUACAUUGUGUCCUAAUAUUGGAUGUAAGAAAUGCCAAUGUCAUCAUCACUUGCAAUUAAAGUUGUUUUGUAAGAC